UUUAAUAACUGCAUUGCUUUUCAUAAAGAAGUCUUCUUGGUUUUGCUUGACUAUCAGUAUCUCCCCGGACCCUCAGCCACUAGCUAGAGGCUGCGUCCUUACCACAAUCCCUCCAACACUUCCUUCAUACUCUUCAUAUAUCAAGGAUUGACCGUCAUGUCUUCAAUAAGGAACAGCACUGCAUGACUUCAGAUGUACAAGGGCAAGAAAUGGAAGACCUACUUCUUUAAAGUGACUGGAUCUACUUACUUACAUUAUUUCGGGGAGAGUAAGGCCAGUGAACCAAAAGAUCAAAUAUUCCUCACUGCAGUAUCUGCUGUUGAGCAGUUGAGGUCCCUUCAAAAGCUCCUAAAAAUGGCAACUUUGUAUUCGAAGUCUGUCACUCUGGCAAGAGCUCACCUUGGAUCAUCAGUGCUGAUAGUGAGGAGGAGAGACGUGACUGGAUGGAGACCAUUAAACAAAACAGCACCACAAUGCUACACAACUCACAGAUCAAGGACAUCCAUCAAGGAAACAAAACCAUUUUAAACCAUGGAGGACCUCCCUCAUCCCAACCGGGACAUCACCAAGGCCACGGGUCAGCUACCAUGGCAGCCAAUAGAUCCCCUAGUAUGUAUCAGAGAAGCUCAUUACAAUAUGCUGCAACAGUAUGGAACACACACACAGGUGCUACACAAGGUCGUAACUAUUCAGAAACAGCUGUACAACCUUAUCCACAUAAUAAUCCACAGUUCCUGUCCCUAGGAGGGACAAGAGGAGCUUAUGUAGGAGGAGGAGGAGGAGACUCGUAUCAAUUAACACAAUCAUUACCUUCCUCACCUUCUCUCUCACCCACCUCUCUGAUACCUCUCACUCCACCUGAGAUACAGCCCUGCCCUCCUGAGAUGCAGCCAUGCCCACACGAGACUGAACUACAGCCAUUUCAAAGACCGAUGUCCUUGUCCGACCGUCCACCAAUGCCUGAGCCCUGUCAAUUGAUAAUGGCAGGACCUCCGGCAGAGUAUUUGGAUCUGGUACAGCUUAAUUAUGCCAGCUGGGAGUAAGAGGAUAAUAGAACAUAAUGAU